CGUGACAUACAGUGCAUGAUCUUUGUCCAAGGCAAAGAUCAAAAGGUAUUCUUAUUUGGAAAGUUUACAAGUAUGUGUGUCUGCAAAUGCUACUCAUUCAUUAUUGUUCUUACCAGUGCAUUACUGGCAAUGAGUGUAAUUUCUUUUUUUACGAAUGUGUGGUUACAUCCCCUUUCCUGGGACAGGCUUUGUGUCUAUACUUCUUCCCCCAAUUCUAUCACACCAACUCAGAUCCCAAGCAGCUGGAUUGCCCUGGGCUGCAGUUUUCCAAUGGCUGCCACAAUUUUGACCGGCUUUCCUCUGUUGUGUGUGUGUCUCCUGCUGACAUCUGGCUUUGCUGAGGCAGGCAAGCUGCUGGUAGUACCCAUGGAUGGGAGCCACUGGUUUACCAUGCGUUUGGUUGUGGAGCAACUCAUCCAAAGAGGGCAUGAGGUGGUUUUAAUCAUACCAGAGGUGAGUUGGCAACUGGGAAAAUCCUCCAAUUUUACUGUGAAGAUUUAUUCCACAACUUACAAUCUGGAGGAGUUGAAUCAGAUGUUCAAGACUUUCUCUUAUUCUCAGUGGAAAACUCCGCAGCAAAGCUCACUUUUUUUUGGGUCUGCCCCCGGCUUUAGUUCUAUGUAUUUUUAACAUUGUAAGAAUUUGUUUAGUGAUGCAGAUUUAAUAGAAUUCCUAAAGGAGAGUUCUUUUGAUGCAGUGUUUCUGGAUCCUUUUGAUGUGUGUGGCUUAAUUGUAGCCAAGUAUUUUUCACUCCCAUCCGUGGUCUUCACCAGGGGAUUAUUUUGCCAUUUUCUUGAAGAAAGCACACAGUGCCCCAGGCCCCUUUCUUAUGUUCCUGGACUUUUCUCCAUGUUGUCAGAUGCCAUGAGUUUCAGAAGAGAGAGAGUGAGGAAUCAUAUCUCCCACUUGGAGGAACAUUUAUUUUGCCACUAUUUUUUAAAAACUCAAGAAGUUGCAUCUGAGAUUCUCCAAACGGCUGUCACGCCUUAUGAUCUCUAUAGCCAUACGUCAAUUUGGUUGUUAAGAGCUGACUUUGUUUUGGACUAUCCCAAACCUGUGAUGCCCAACAUGGUCUUCACUGGAGGCAUCAACUGCCAGGAGGGAAAGCCAUUGCCAAAGCCAAUUAUUUUAUUGAAGGAGAUAAGCAAAUGCCCAUUGUUGGCAAAGGGAAGAGACAUGUUGGAAGUCAGGUGUGUUCGCAGAUGAGAGAGAGUAACCAAGGCUCCACCCAACAAAUAUUCAGAAUCAGGGCUUCUGUAUUUCUCCAUGGCUUGACUUCUCAUGGGUCACUUUCCAGUCAAAGGAUUCUGGAGACCAAAUCAGGUAAGAUUCUUUCGGUUAUCAACCAAUAGUCUUUACAUCUUCUCUCAGCCAAGGCAUCCAGAGAAAUUAUACAGGCAACCUUAGAGAUACUACAAGUUUGGUUCCAGACCAUCACGGUAAAGCAAAUAUAACAAAGUGAGUCAAAUGAAUUUUUUGGCUUCCCAGCACGUAUGAAAAUUACAUUUAUACUAUCCUGUAGUAUAUUAAGUGUAUCAUAGCAUUAUGUCUAGAAAACAAUGUACAUGCCUUAAUUAAAAAAUACUUUAUUGCUAAUAAAGUACUGGAAGGUCUUGCUUCAGUGUUGCUGCAGUUUCUACAUUGGCACUUGCGGCUUCACCACGCGCUUUUAGGUUAUAAAGACAGCUUCUUUGCUUUAAACCUCACAAAUCAGUGUCUACAAGCUUCAAACUUUUCUUCUGCAGCUUCCUCACCUCUUGGCCAUCACAGAAUUGAAGAGAGCUAGGACUUUGCUCUAGAGUAGGCUUUGGCUUAAGGGAACGUUUGAUCUUCUAUCCAGACCACUGAAACAAGGCUGUUUUGCUUCCUUACCAUUUGUGUGUUCACUGGAGUAGCACUUUUGCUUUCCUUCAAGAACUUUCCCUUUGUAUUUGGCAACUUGGCUCCAGCCUAUCUCGGCUUUCAAUAUGCCUUUCUUGCUGAGCUUAUCACUUCUACCUUUUGACUUACAGUGAGAGAUGAAGGACCCUUCCUUUCACUUGAAUACUUAGAGGCCAUCGUAGGAUUACUAACUGGCCUAAUUUCAAUAUGUUGAGUCUCAGGGGGUAGGGAGGCCCAAGGACAGGAAGAGACAAGGGAAUGGCUGGUUGGUGAGCAGUCACAAUACAUAGAACACUGAUUAAGUUCACUGUCUUAUACGGGCACACUUUGUGGCACCCCAAAACAAUCACAAUAGUAAUAUCACAGAUCACCAUAAGAAAUAUAAUAAUAAUUACAAAGUUCAAAAUAUUGUAAGAAUUACC